AUGAUACGCCUGGUCAUCACGGCUCUCCUAUUAGCCAUCGCUUUCGGGCACGCUCUUGCAGUUGGUACACCGCGAGCUAGCUCCGCCAUUCCGCCGCCCGCUGGUCGUGCUCUUCUCUCCCGGGGAGCCAAUCUUGAGCCGUACGAUUAUCCCGCUUCGGUUCAGUCAGGUUUCGAUGCUCAGGCGCACAUUCAUCCAUCCUAUUCAAUUCUAGGUCCCCCUGGGUUUUGGACCGAGGCCUCGCUCCGCGAACACUAUGACGCCACGCACCAUCUGCGCUACCAUCCGGACUUUUAUCCCGUCGCUCCGCCUUUCGAAGUCUGGCUUAAAGAGCAACAGAUCAUUCGCGCCAUCAACAUGCUCUCGCAGACCAUCGAACUGGAGACGUCACGCAGCGACCUUGAUCGAUCCAUCUUACUUGAGCACGAGAUGCAACUGGGUGAAUUGUCGAUCCUCUUGAGGCAGACGCAGAUUGCUACCAGUCUGAAAUAUGCUAUACUGCCGCCGGAAUGGCGAAAGUUUGAAGAAUCAAUGUAUCGUCACUGGGCUGGAUUUCUUCAGGUCAGUCAGAGCGGUUCUGGUGAUGGCCAACGCAGCAAGAAUGCGGCCAAUUGGCAGCGACAUGUCGAGUAUCUGGAGCGAUUGGGGAGGGAGAAGGCACAGGAGUAUGAGGAGAACAAGAAAUAUGCAGCGCUGUAUGGUGCCGCGGAAAAGGGAAAGAAGACACUCGACUCGGAGCAACAAGAUGGCUGGAGAACGAUUCCUAUUGAGAAAGGUGAUCCGGACAGCGGUACACAGAAGAGAAGGGCCCAUAAGCCUAAUCUUGGCACUUCUGCUUCACCGGAACGGUGGGCACACUCACCAGAAGCCGUCCAGGGCUCCAGUGCAAACGCUGUUGACGGCUUGCAAGAGGCGUUCGGGAAGGGCUUCCACCUCUAG